AUGUGUUUGUGACUGAACAUCCGAAGCGAGCAGGCGGAUGAUAUUCACCGGCUGAUCUCUGUAGGCGGAAUGGAGGUCUAUCCUUCCGAUAGUGAAAGGAUGAUGGAGGCUUGGCUUGACGACAACCUAGAAUUCGCACAUUCUUACUUUGUACGCAAGGCUUCUAGGGAAAUGGUCAAUGCCUGGUUUGCUGAGCGUGUUCACUCCAUUCAGCCAUCUAGGGAACCAUCAAAAGCAGUGCCAGAACCUGUAACAGCCAUCCAUCCUCUUGGUCCAACUGACUUGGCGCCAUCUUCAAGUCCAGCUCCAUCCACCCCGACACGAAAGAUCUCUGCAUCUGAGUUUGACCGGCCACUUCGCCCCAUUGUGGUGAAAGACGCAGAGGGUUCCAUUACUUUCCUGAGUGACACAGAAAGGGUGCAGAUGCCGCUUCCUCCUUCCCAGCGGCCAGGUUCAGGCAAUGGGACAGAUGAGGGUGGAGGUAUUAGAGAUCGUGGUAAUGGGGACCGCUGUGCUCGUCUGCUGGAGCUUGUACGUGAUGUUUCGAGUCACUUGGACCUUACUGCCCUCUGCUACAAGAUCUUCUUACAUACCCAUGAGCUGAUAGCUGCAGAUCGCUACUCGUUGUUCUUGGUUGGGGAGGACAGUUCAAACAGGAAGUUUUUAGUUAGCAGACUCUUUGAUGUAGCGGAAGGAUCUACUCUAGAAGAGUCUUCAAACAGUGGCAUUCGUCUCGAAUGGAACAAAGGAAUUGUGGGAUACGUUGCAGCCACUGGACAGCCUCUCAACAUUAAGAAUGCAUAUGAGGAUUCACGCUUUAAUGCAGAAGUGGACCAAAUUACAGGCUAUAAGACACAGAGCAUCUUGUGUUUGCCCAUCAAAAACCACAGAGAUGAGGUUGUCGGUGUAGCUCAAGCGAUUAAUAAAAAGUGUGGAGAGAACAGCACCUUCACAGAACAGGACGAGAAGGACUUUUCUUCGUAUCUGGCUUUCUCUGGCAUAGUGCUUCACAAUGCACAACUCUAUGAGACAUCACAGCUAGAGAACAGGCGAAACCAGGUGUUACUGGAUCUGGCUAGCCUGAUCUUCGAGGAGCAGCAGUCACUGGAGGUCUUACUGAGGAAAACUGUGGCCACCAUCUUAUCUUUCAUGCAGGCCCAAGAAUGCACAGUGUUCAUUUCUGACAGAGAAACAGCUAACACAUUCUCCAGUGUGUUUCACAUGGAAUAUGAGGAGAUUGCUGGAUCCACAGACUUCCCAAACAGAGAACGUGACGUCAACAAGAUUAACUACAUGUACGCUCAGUAUGUCAAAAACACUAUGGAGACACUGAACGUCACAGAUACCACCAAAGACCAGCUAUUCCCAUGGACAAGUGAAGAUCCACAGUCCAUGAACUGUCAAAUCAAAAGUCUGCUAUGCACACCAAUAAGGAAUGGGAAGAAAGACAAAGUAAUAGGCGUCUGCCAAUUGGUCAAUAAGAUGGAUGAAGCUUCAGGGGAGGUGAAAGCCUUUAAUAGGAAUGAUGAGCAGUUUCUAGAGGCCUUUGCGGUCUUCUGUGGCCUGGGCAUCCAGAACACACAGAUGUAUGAAGCAGUGGAAAGAGCAAUGGCCAAGCAAGAGGUUACACUUGAGGUCCUCUCUUAUCAUGCCUCCGCUGCGGAGGAAGAGACGCGGGCGCUCCAGGUAACGGCGGCAGCCACGAUCCCCUCCGCUCAGUCUCUCAGACUGAUGGACUACAGUUUCAGUGAUUUUGACCUGACAGAUGCUGAGACGACCCAGGCAACCAUCCGCAUGUUUGUGGACCUCAAGCUUGUGCAGAAUUUUCAGAUAAAGUACAAGAGUUUGUGUCAGUGGAUCUUAAGUGUCAAGAAGAACUACAGGAAGAAUGUGGUCUACCACAACUGGAGACAUGCCUUUAACACCUCCCAGUGCAUGUUUGCUGUGCUGAAGUCUGGCCGUGUUCAGAAUAAUCUGAGUGAUUUGGAGACUUUAGCUUUAAUGAUUGCAACAUUGAGUCAUGAUUUGGACCACCGAGGGGUCAACAACUCUUACAUAAAAAGAAGUGACCAUCCACUGGCCCAGCUGUACUGCCACUCCACAAUGGAGCAUCACCACUUUGACCAGUGUCUCAUGAUUCUCAACAGCCCUGGUAAUCAGAUUCUGAGCGGUCUUUCCCUGGAUGAGUACAAGGCGACACUGAAGAUGAUUGAGAAGGCUAUUUUGGCCACUGACCUGGCUGUCUACAUGAAAAAAAGAACAGAAUUCUUCGAGCUAGCUAAGAACAGUCAGUUUGAAUGGGAAGAUGAUUGCCACCGAGAUCUAUUAAGGUCGAUGCUGAUGACAGCAUGCGAUAUAUCUGCUAUUACAAAACCAUGGCCAGUUCAGAAGAAGAUAGCAGAACUGGUUGCCACAGAGUUUUUUGAGCAAGGUGAUAAGGAGCGGAGAGAGCUAAACAUUGAACCUAUUGAUCUGAUGAACAGGGAGAAACAGGAUAAAAUUCCCAGCAUGCAAGUGUCGUUUAUUGAUGCCAUUUGUACACAGUUGUAUGAGGCUCUGACGGGGAUCUCGGAGUUCUGCUCCCCCCUGCUGGAGGGCUGCCGGAAGAACAGGCAGAAUUGGAAGAUUCUUGCUGAACAAGGAGAGGAAGCAGCGCUUCUAAAUGGAGGACUGUAACUGUUCUUACAUCCUUGGACUAUUCCCAUCACUCCACACACUUUUUCCUGAGACUGAAGGACUGUAUGACUGGUGUAAUGACACUCGCAUGACCGCUCCAGACAUUUCACCAAGCACACUGGAGCAGGCUUUAAAAGGUUAAUGUUGGGUUAAAGAAGUAGCAGACUGCAGUCUACUUCAAUCAAGACAACAAGAGUGUUGUAAAAGACUUGAUGGAGAAGCAAAAUAUGGAGGGAUCGAGUAAUCCAGCUGAUGAAUAGAUGUUUAAAACUGUGACUAAACCAUCUUGACUCAGAGGAAUGUUCCAGGUUCAGUACAAGUUCUUUCCAAAGCACGCGUGACACGCUGACUAUUACCCCAGAAAGGUAUUUUGAUACACUACAGUUGGAAUCAAAAGUUGGAAUCAGUUGAGCACAUGCAGGGAACUCUCUUAAGUCAGCCGGAAAACAACUGGUGAAAUGUCACCUGUCAGUCUGGCUGAAAACUUUUCAGAAGUAGCAUUACCAACAUUAUUUGCAUUAUACUUAGUUGGAUCAUAACCUAAGCAUAGUCAAAGCUAGCAUUUAUUUAGUCGUUUAAACAUAAAAACGAGGGAUCGUUCACCCAAAAAUGUAUAAAUGCUCAUUAUUUACUCCCUUUUAGUUGGUUUCAAACCUUUAAUGAUUUUUUAAUUGUUGUUGUUGGACAAAAAUGAAGAUAUUUUGAAGAAUGCUGGAAACUCAUAACCAUUUACUUACAUAUCAGGAAAAACAAAUACUACGGAAGUCAAUGGCUGCCAUUUUCCAACAUUUUUCAAAAUACCUAGAAGAAACUCAAACAGGUAUUGAACAAGUAAAGGACGAAUAAAUGACAGAAUUCCGAUUAUUUGGUGAACAAUCUCUUUAGGGUUCAUUCAACAACAGCAGCUGAGCAUUAUGCACUGUUGAUUAGCAGGAGGCGUCUACAUUUCAGAAUUAUGCAAACUUUACUGCUGUCAUUGAUGUUUAGGUUGCAUACAGUGAUAACAUUAACUAGCUCGCUAUAGAAUAGACAACACAAGUAAUGAGAAUUCUAUGAUGAGCACUUUCCUUUGCCCUGAACAUAUUUUGCCGCAGACAGACGCUGCUGACAGUGAACAUGCGGUCAUAGAAAACAGUGGUCAUCUCAUCCACUAAAUAGGUCUACAAACAAGGUAUGCAUGAAAUGUGCAUAUGGAGAUCAUGAUUCAUCAAAAACCUUCCAUAACAAAAUGGAUUUUAAACAUACCACAAAGGGCAGCAUGGUGACGCAGUGGGUAGCACAAUCAUCACACAGCAACAAGGUCGCUGGUUUGAGCCCAGGAACAGGCAUUUCUGUGUGGAGUUUGCAUGUUCUUCCUGUGUUCGUGUAGGUUUUCUUCAGGUGCUCCGGUUUCCCUCACAGUCCAAAAACAUGUUAUAGGAGAAUUGAAUAAGCUAAAUUGGCCGUUGUGUGUGUGUGAAUGUAAGAGUGUAUAGGUGUUUCCUGGUGUUGGGUUGCAGCUGAAAGGCCAUCCGCUGCGUAAAACAUGAGCUGGAAAAGUUGUCGGUUCAUUCCACUGUGGUGACCCCUGAUUAAUAAAGGGAUAAGCUGAAAAGAAAAUGAAUGAAUAUACCAAAAAAAAAAACGUACGCAAUAAUCAUGUGUGUGUACAAUAUAUAUAAUUAAAAGUCCAAACAAGGCAUGCACGCUCGCUUGAAUAAAUUGCCACUAAUGGUGCAAUUGCAAAUUGCUCUAAUGGUGCAAAUUCUCUGGGCACAUUGCGAGCACAGCAGAGUGCAUUUCCAAUUCAUUCAGCGAGAAGAUUCGCGUCAACACACAAACACUGUGUAUUACACUCAACUUCCAUAUGAUUGAACUGAAAAUGCUCACUCCCAACGUGUCAAUGGAAAUGCAGAAUUGUCUCUCUCUGGAUGAGGGCCACUUUGCGGAAAGCCCUUUUAUGGAGCUGGUUUGGGUGUGCAUUAUGUAAAUGACUAACCUCUUGCACUUAAGCGCUUCUUUAAAAGACUCCACAUUCACUAAUCCAUGUUUGACCCCCAUUUCCCAGUUUGUUUUACAAAUGUGAGUGCUCCAAAUUGGGCCCAGGCACAGUUCAGUUGGCCAGCCCUGGCUCGGUUGGAAGAGGUGUGCCAGAGUGCGGUUUGGUUGGGCUUUGGCACGGCACGCUUGUACUGUGAGUGCAAAACGCUCCUGAGUGUGAAACUGAAGACCCGACGUCACUUUUAAAGGACUGUAUGAUAUGGAUUUAUUAAUCAGUCUUACUGUUCAAUGAACCCAAACUGUCAUAGUUUAUUAAAGACACAACCCCCUCACUGCAUUACAGCUGCACCUUUAGCAAACCUCCUCAAGGCUGGUUUAUAUUUCUGCGUCGAGUGAUCGCUGUGACCCAGUGGCACAUGCCUCGUGUGUAGUCGUGUAUUUAUACUUCUGCAUCCUGUUUGUGUUUCUGAGACGCUAGCUGGCAGUGAGGUUAUGUUCCUCUUUGUCGAGUUUCUUUGCCAGUGUUAUGUUUUUUUCUGAACGUUACAUUGAUGUACAUUUGAAGUCAGAAUUACUAGCCCCUGAAUUAUUAGGCCCCUGUUUAUUUUUUUCCCCAAUUUCUGUUUAACAGAGAGAAGGUUUUUUUCAACACAUUUCAAAACAUAAUAGUUUUAAUAACUCAUUUCUAAUAACCAAUUUAUUUUAUCUUUGCCAUGAUGACAGUACAUAAUAUUUGACUAGAUAUUUUUCAAGACACUUCUAUACAGCUUAAAGUGACAUUUAAAGGCUUAACUAGGUUAAUUAGGUUAACUAGGCAGGUUAGGGUAAUUAGGCAAGUUACUGUAUAAUGAUGGUUUGUUCUGUAGACUAUCCAAAAAUAAAUUAGUUGAAAGGGGCUAAUAAUUUUGACCUUAAAAUGGGGAUUAAAAAAUUAAAAACUGCUUUUAUUCUAGCCAAAAUAAAACAAAUAAGUCUUUAUCCAGAAGAAAAAAAUAUUAUCAGACAUACUGUGAAAAUUUCCUUGCUCUGUUAAACAAUUUGGGAAAUAUUUAAAAAAGGAAAAACGAUAAAAUAAAUAAAUAAAUCAAAGGGGGGCUAAUAAUUCUGACUUCAACUCUAAAAGUAGCUAAAACUCGCUCAUUCUGAGGCGGGAACAUGACGGACGAGUAAAGCAGGUCGCACACCGGAAACGCGUGCACAUGAUAGUUAAAAGUAUCACACACCAGACGCGCACAUUUGCAUGAUAUUUAACAUGAAAUUAUUUAGAUGGCGUUCUGUGGCGCGGCAGAGAAAUGAACAGUGUCCUGAGUCGUGACUGGGCACCGCGGGCAGCCGGCGACUUGCGGCGCCGGUGUGUGUACCCUGAUAGAAACCUAUGUUUAGAAUUCUGAAAUGUAUGGCGCUGCGUGGCGCUACGCGCUACCAAUCGGCGCUUCUGGUGUGCGACCUGCUUAACUACUUUAAUCUUAAGGUAAACACAAAACAUCUGGAGCUCCUUCAUGGGACUCAACACUUGUAAACACUCCAAGCAGGUCGCACACCAGAAGCAGAUUUCUAAACAUAGGUUUCUAUCAGGAUACACACAAAGGCACCGAGCGCCAUCUGAUUAGUUUGCGAAUGUCCGCGUCUGGUGUGUGAUACUUUUAACUGUCAUGUGCACGCCGUGUCGCGGCACUUCCGGUGUGCGACCUGCUUCAGGCUCACGGCUCUCAGCACCGCCCACACUUGGCACAGCUACCAAGCUAAUGAAUCACAGAGCUUGCGCUGCGCGUCGUCUUGACGUGUGGUUACAUUUUUCAAGAGGUGCGGGUCAGCGUCAGUCAUGGCGAGGGCUAUGGGACUGCGCGAAGGCAGUGCCGAAGCAUACGCAUGCACUUGUCGCAGAAGUAUAAAUCAGGCAGCACGACGACUUUUAUGAACAUUUAUGAGCGUCAAAUGUGGUAGAUCUGUUCAGCAAAAGAUCUGACUGUCACUGUCAAACGACUUAAAAUAAUACAAAGCAAUAUAACUAAAGCAAUCUCCACUGUUCUGAGCGAGCGCUUCUCUUAACUGAACAGUCUCAUAAGCGUGCUCAGGCUCGGAAGGCAGGGCAAGGGGGAGAGGGAAGGCAGGACCUGAGCACGGUCCAAGACAACUGUGCCUAGUGUGAGAACACCCUAAAAGACUCCAUUUACUAACAGAAGGAGAAGUUUUCAGGAGAAGCUGAAAUGUGCACACAAAUACGAUAAACUUAUGCACUUACUAGUGAAUGAGACCCAAUGUGUUUAAAAUGUAAAGUUGUGGACUUUACUACUAGAUGGAACUAAUAAUAAUGAUAAUAAUCAAUGACAUACUGACAGUUGACAGGAAAUACACAGGCUGGCUAAAUGAAAAACAAGGAAGUGACCAUGGAUAUGAUUGAUUUUACGCAAUUAAUUAUAAUUAUUCCAUUUCAAAUAGAACAUUUUGGGUCUUCUUUUUAAAACAAUUAUUUUUAAAUAGUUUACAAUAAUAUAUUAAGCUACAAACACUGUUUUCCAGACUGAUAACAAGAAUCAUUAUUAAUGGUUCAGCACCAAUAAUAGACAAUUAUCAAGCAGAUAAUGGAAAGACUGAGUGGUGAGAGAAAUGUACAAGAUGUAUUUUUGUAAGUAAUUGUUAAGUUGUAAAAAGAUUACAUCAUUCUUUUAGCUUUGGGAGUACUGUAUGUUCAGGCAGAUGAAAUAUCUACUUAUAUGUUACCGAUUCCUGUAGGUAGUUUGUGUAGAGUACAUUGUAGAUUACUGCAAUAGUAAAGACUUGUUGUGGUAUCUGGUGACCAUAUAUACAAGCUGAUAGGACAGGAGGUGAGAUAUUUGGUUUAAGGUUUGUACACAUGAGGUUAGUUAACAGUUUUAGCACAUUAUAAUCUCAUGUUUAAUGUUUAUCUUCUAGAUAUACUUUUAAAACAGUGUAGUUUAAAGUUCUCCUGCUACCUGCAUUAUUUUUUUUAAUGAAGUGAUAACCAAAAACAACUUAUAUUGAUCCCAGAACAUUCCUCAUCUAUUGUUAGUCUAAUUUCGUUUUUGUGGAGCUCACUGAAUUACUGAAAUACGCACAUUUACAAAUCUUAUUUUGCUAUAUUGCACUGCUUAAGUUAAGCUGUCAAAAGAAACACAUUGAAUAUUCUUCUCACUGUUUACCCAUUUUAACUUCACUCUGUAGAAGAUGUUGUAUAUUUUUAUUCACUUAGAUUGCAAUUAAAGAAACCAAUAGCCUGUGAUAUGUGAAUGUAUUUAUCAUCUGUUACACUAUUGUGUUCAAUUUAAAAUCACAGCAAAUGUUUGUUUUGGAGUGGGAUGGAAAUAACUGCUGUCACUGUGUGCCUGUUUAAAAUGUUUCAAUACAAACCCGU